AUGCACCAGACAAAAGGCGAUGCGUGUGGUGAUAGUGGACUGGAUGGGUUAGGAGGACCAGGUGUACAACUAGGAAGCCCAGAUAAGAAAAAAAGGAAGACAAAUACACAGGGGCCUUCUUUUCCUCCAUUGUCUGAGUAUGCUCCGCCACCGAAUCCAAACUCUGACCAUCUAGUGGCUGCUAAUCCAUUUGAUGACAACUAUAAUACUAUUUCCUAUAAACCACUACCUUCAUCAAAUCCAUAUCUUGGCCCUGGGUAUCCUGGUUUUGGAGGCUACAGCACAUUCAGAAUGCCACCUCACGUUCCUCCAAGAAUGUCUUCCCCAUACUGUGCUCCUUACUCGCUCAGGAAUCAACCACACCCAUUUCCUCAGAAUCCUCUGGGCCUGGGUUUUAAUCGACCUCACGCUUUUAACUUUGGGCCACAUGAUAAUUCAAAUUUUGGAAAUCCAUCUUAUAAUAAUGCACUAAGUCAGAAUGUUAAUAUGCCUAAUCAACAUUUUAGACAAAAUCCUGCUGAAAACUUCAACCAGAUUCCUCCACAGAACGCUGGCCAGGUAUCUAAUCCUGACAUGGCAUCUAACUUUAUGCCUGGAAAUAAUUCAAAUUUUGCUUCUCCAUUAGAAUCUAAUCAUUCUUUUAUUCCUCCCCCAAAUACUUUUGGUCAAGCAAAAGCACCACCCCCAAAACAAGAUUUUAAUCAAGGAUCAACCAAAAGCACUAAUCAAAAUUCCUCUGCUCAACCACCUCACUUAAAUAUGGAUGACACGGUGAAUCAGAGUAAUAUUGAAUUAAAAAAUGUUAAUCGAAACAAUGCAGUAAAUCAAGAAAAUAGCCGUUCAAGUAGCGCUGAAGCUACAAACAACAGCCAUGCGAAUGGGACACAGAAUAAGCCACGACAACCUAGAGGUGCAACAGACACAUGCACCACUGAAAAAAGCAAUAAAUCUUCUCUUCACCCAAGCCGUCGUGGUCAUUCUUCUUCCGACCCAGUGUAUCCUUGUGGAAUUUGUACAAAUGAAGUGAAUGAUGAUCAGGAUGCCAUCUUAUGUGAAGCCUCUUGUCAGAAAUGGUUUCAUCGGAUCUGCACUGGAAUGACUGAAACGGCUUAUGGCCUGCUAACUGCAGAAGCAUCAGCAGUAUGGGGCUGUGAUACCUGUAUGGCUGAUAAAGAUGUCCAAUUAAUGCGCACUAGAGAAACGUUUGGUCCACCUGCAGUGGGCAGUGAUGCUUAAUCACAGGCAUUAACUAAAAUGGGGGUUUUUCCCUGUGUGUUACAGAGGUUCAUUGACACAGGAUUUUAAUGUUUUACAAUAUUUUUUUUAAAUGCACAUGCAAAAAAGAUGAUUUACCUUUUAGUUUUUAUUAAUACUCCACUUCAUUACUAGUGCAAAUUUUGUAUUAUCUAAGUUUGCUAUCUAGGAUAAUAUAUAUGGGGGUACUUUAGAAAGUAUUUUACAAAUAAAUGUUAGUUGUUGUUAAUCAUAAAAGCCUCUUGAAGCUUCAAAAUAAUAUGUAGCAAAUGUAGGCAAGUUUUGACUUAAAAGUUAGAACCAGUGAAAAGUGUACAUUUCAGUGCUGAACUUUGGCAAUAUCACAUUAAACAUUUAGUUCAAAAAUAUUUUUGAGGAUCCAUUUAACGUGGUGUUUUAAAUAUAUAUUUU